AUGUCCACCCCGACAACCACCACGCCCCCCCUCCACGUCCACCUCGACGCCCUCACCCUCGAGCGCGAACAGCGCCCCUACCGCGCCACCACCUCCGUCUACCACCGCACCCCGCGCUCCUACCGCUCCACGCACUCCGGCCUGCACUCCUCGCAAGCGCGCACGCCCACCACGCACUCCCCGCGCGCCUCCGUCUCCACCCUGCAGCUCCAGCACCUGCUCGAGAAGCUCGAAAUGGACCAAUACAACACCUACGGCGUCGAGGAGCUGCGCGACGGCUUCUUCGACGCCUCCUUCUACCGCCCCAUCAAGCAGCAGCAGGACGCCGACGACCCGCCAUGCCCGUCGUCGCUCUCCGCCCACCGCACAACAGCGGCCCAGUGGGUGCGGUCCCAGAUUGCAGACGCAAAGGACGCUGCGAAGCUAGUCUUCACGACGCGCAAGGGCGUGGCGCUGGGGAAGAGCUUCCUGGCCUACUUUGCGGCCUACUGGAUCCUCAUCGCGGCACUCUUCAACCACCCCGGGCGUACCCUCGGCGCACAGAUCGAGGGGACCGUGUCCUGCGCCGUCGGCGGCGCCCUCGGGCUCGCUGUCGGUGCACUGGCGCUCGAGGUCGCGGCGUCGAGCGAGGCGGGGUACGGCGGCGUGCUGACCGUGUUCAUCGCCGUGUUCAUCGGCGUCGCCAGCUGGAUCCGGUGCUCGCUGGUGCGCGUGUACCAGGCGAUGAUGAGCGCGGGGCUGGCGUUCUUCUUCUUGGUGCUGGUGGACGUGCGCACGGUUGCGGCGCGCGGGGCGUGGGACCGCGGGAGGGUGGGGGAGUGGGGCGUGCCGUGGGCCGUCGGGCUGGCGCUGUGUGCGGUUGUGAAUGUGGUGGUUGCGCCGGAGGCGGGCGGGAAGGCUGUUGCAACCGCACUGCACAAAGCGCUGCUCUCGGCGCUGGACGGGCUCGUGCUGCAGCGCGCAUACUCGCCCGCCACGCACCGCCACAUGUCGCUGCAGCUCGUCAACCUCUCGGAGGCCGUGCGCGACAUGCGCAGCGAGCUCAUCCUGUCGCCGCUCGCGCCGGCCGACGCCCUGCAGCUGCGGAACCUGCUGCAGGCCGUGAUCCGCGACAUCAUGGCCAUCAAGCCCGACGCCAGCCUCUUCGACACGCCCGCCCCCGCGCCCGCUAAGACGCCAGACCAGGAAGACGACGCGGUGAUCAUUGACCUUUCCCCUACCACCGCCGCCGGCGCAGCUGCUGCAGCCACCGCCGACAACGACAACGACAACGACAACGACAACGACAACGACUCGCUCGCCUCCUCGACCGCCGCCCACCUCACGCUGGUCCGCAGCAUCAUGGCAGCGCCCACGCAAGCGCUCCUCGCCGCCUCCGCCUCCGUCCUCAAAAGCUGCGACAGCACGCUCAUGACACUCCUGCACCACCGCGAGCUCCUCCGCCACCCCACCACCACCACCACCACCCACACCCUCACAACCACGCACACAGCCUUCACCGCCGCCCUGCGCGCAUUCGACGCCGCCGACACGCGCCUGAUGGAGCACCCGGACCUGCCCAGCUCCUACGCGGCGCACCCGGACCUCGUGAGCCUCUUCCUGUUCAUCCACCCCGUGCGCCAGGCCGCCGAGUCCAUCCUCCCGCUUGUCACCAAGGUGCUGGCCCUCGAGCGCGGCUGCAACCGCAAGCGCGUCUAUCUCCCCGACUACCCGCUCGCGCAGGCGCUCUACCGCGCGUCGCCGCAGGUGCGCCAUGACCGCGGGGGGCUGACGGCGGGGUACUACUUUAAGAGUAAGCAGCGCAUCGACGAGGCCAUGGCGCGGUACCACUCGCUGCCGUUUACGCCGAGCCCGGAUAUCCUCUCGAAGACCACCGACUCCGACUCCGACCCCGACCCCGACCCCACGACCACGACCACGACCACGACGCACCCGGGCACCACGGCGGAGCACGAGACGACGCGCUUCAAGGCGUGGCGGGUGGUUCAUCGGCUGCAGCAGUUUGAGAGCCGCUUCGCGGUGAAGGUGGUGCUGGUGACGGGGCUGCUGAGCGUGCCGGCGUGGGCGGCCGCGAGUAGGGGCUGGUAUGUGGCCAACGAGAGCUGGUGGAGCGUGGUGGCCGCGUGGUUCAUGAUGCACCCGCGCGUCGGCGGGAGCGCGCGGGAUCUGGUGGCGAGGAGCGUGGCGGCGGCGGUGGGCGCGGUGUGUGGUGGGGUGGCGGUGGGGGCGGGCGGGGGGAAUCCCGUGGUGGUGGGGGCGUUUAUGGCCGUGUUUAUGGCGGCGUGCAUCUUCCGGUUCACGGCGAGCUCGCACCCGCGCUCGGGGCUGAUGGGGUGCGUGGCCUUCUCGGUCGUCUCGGUGAGCGCUUACGCGGCCGCGGACGCCACGGGCACGGGCACGGCGGCGGGGUCGGCGCGCAUUGCGUGGACGCGCGGGGCGGCGCUGAUUGUGGGCAUUGUGAGCGCCGUCGUGGUCAACUGGGUCAUCUGGCCGUUUGUGGCGCGGCAUGAGCUGCGGAAGAGCCUGUCGUUUAUGAUGCUGAAUCUGGGCAUCUCGUAUCGCGGCGUUGUUGCGAGGUACAUUUACUACGACGCCGACUCGGCGCCCACCAAGGAGGAUCUGGAGCGCUCGGAGAUGCAGGAGGCGCGGUUGAGGGAAGGAUUCGUCCGCAUGCGCGAGCUGCUGGAAAUGACCAGACACGAGAUACGCCUACGCGGGCCCUUCAACACAGCGCCCUACAGCGCCGCCAUGGACAGCUGCGAGCGCUUCCUCGAACACAUCGUCGAAGUGCGCCAAUCAUCCCUCUUCUUCCAGCCCUUCCUCUACGGCGGCACCGACGAGUUCACCCGCAAAAUGCUGUCGGUGCGGCGCGACGCCGUGGCGAGCAUCCUGAUGAACCUGUACAUCCUUGCGGGCGCGCUGCGCGCGAAGCGGCCCGUGCCCAUGUACCUGCCGUCGGCGGCGGCGGCGCGGAAGCGCCUGCUGGAGCGCAUGGCGGAGAUUGAGGAGGAGGAUGAGGCGCUGGCGGAGGUGCGGCCGCGGCCGGAGGGGUCGCGGAGGUGGGCGGAUGUGUAUCAGUACGCCUAUUCGUCCGCGCUCACGGACAUCGUCGAGCAGUUGGAGCUGCUGCAGCGGUACACUAAGGCGAUUGCGGGGGAAAUGGCGCUGGAUUUUCCAGACUGGUAG